UAACUCCUGUCUGUUAGUUAGUGACUACAGUUGCCUUCUUGUUAAAAGAAAGCUUAUUAUUACAGUUUUACUCUCUUACGAUGAUGAAUAGGAGUUCAGUUUGCUUCUCUUAUCUCUUCUUGCAGCCUACACAGACAGGCAGAGACCGAGAGAGGCAUGGGCAAGAGGGUUUGCUGUUAUCAAGAUAAUCAUUAAGGAAAGACAUACUUCAUUUGAUAGCAAUAAUGGCAACAGCGUUUUGUAGCCUCCACCAGGGGUCUAGCCUCAAGAAACUCCAAUAUUAUAAUGUGAGGCAGAGUUAUGCAACAAGGUCUUAUCCGGGAGCUCGUACUUCAAAUGUUUCCAAAAAAUCAUUAAUGUGCUGCUGUACUGCCCAAAAUUUUGUCUGUGGGAUUCGUAUAAGCCGGUUAGAAUUCAAGAAAGGAAUUCAAUGUUGGCGGGCUUUUUCAGGAAGUAUAGCAAAUUAUGCUGACAAUGCACAUGAAGGUGAAAGUGGGGAGGAUGUUCCUCAAGCAACCUUGAUAUGGAGGGCAGUCAAAUUGCCUAUUUACUCUGUUGCUUUGGUUCCUCUAACUGUAGGUGGUGCAGCUGCUUAUUUGGAAACAGGCAUCUUUUCAGCAAGACGCUACUUUUUGCUCUUGGUUUCUUCAAUUCUCAUCAUAACUUGGCUCAAUCUAAGCAACGAUGUUUAUGAUUUCGAUACAGGAGCAGAUAAGAACAAGAAAGAAUCAGUUGUGAAUUUGGUCGGCAGCCGUUCAGUGGCUUUUAUUGCUGCUUACUCAUCACUUCUACUUGGCUUUGUGGGCCUGGCAUGGACAUCUAUGGGGGAAGGAAACGUCCCUGCAAUAUUAUUCCUGGCUUGUGCAAUUCUUUGUGGUUAUGUAUAUCAGUGCCCACCAUUUCGGUUAAGUUACCAAGGAUUAGGAGAGCCCUUGUGCUUCGCAGCAUUUGGCCCCUUCGCUACUACUGCCUUCUACUCAAUACUUGGCAGCACGAGUGAGAUGAGGAUUCUUCCAUUAACUGGCGCAAUUCUUUCUGCAUCACUCCUGGUUGGCUUCACAACAACAUUAAUACUCUUCUGUAGUCACUUUCACCAGGUGGAAGAAGAUAAGGCUGUUGGGAAGUUUUCCCCUUUGGUUAGACUUGGCACUGAAAGAGGUUCUGGAGUGGUGAAAGUAGCUGUCGCAAUGCUGUACUCUCUUUUAUUUGCUUUUGGUCUAAGCAGAACUCUUCCUUUAGCUUGCAUUCUUCUCUGUUCUCUGACCUUACCUGUGGGAAAACUGGUGGUCGGCUUUGUCGAAGAAAACUACAAGGACAAAGGGAAGAUUUUCAUGGCAAAGUACUUCUGUGUGAGAUUGCAUGCCUUAUUCGGGGCUGCGUUGGCCUCUGGACUCGUGGCAGCUAGAGCAUUUCAAGGAUAUUUCUCUUGAAGUAUUAUUCCAAGCAUCAUUCAACCCAAAAUGAACCAGAGAUUAGCUUCUGGAGAUGAAAGGAAAUGAAUGCAAUGAUUUGUAGCUAAUUAAUUGAUUACACAUGGAAUUGAUUUUAUUAAUAUAAAAUAUAUUUAUUAUUAAUAAAGAUUUUAUUUAUUUUUGGUUUUU